AUGUCUUCGCGGCCCCGUCGCUCGGCCGCCCAGCGCGCCACCGUAGCAAUCACUGACAUGGCCGACAGAGACCGAGAACCCACCGAGCAACAGCAGCAGCAGCAGCAGCAGCAGCGCACCAUGUCAUCGCGCAGCUCCCGCCGCUCGGGGAACGGCUUCGCCUCCUUCUCCCGGGGGCCGACCUCAUCAUCCCCGGCGAGCAGCAGUCCCGGCGGUAAUGGUGGUGGUGGUGUCGGUGGCGGCGACCCCAACAACCAGCACAUCCACCUAACCGUCAAGCUCCCCUCCAGCAAACUGCGCCAGGCCACCAGUAGCGGCGCGACCGGUAGCAGCAGCAGCGGCAAGCGCAAGUCGGCUGGUGGCAGCGUGACGGCCGCUGGUGCGGGUGGUGGUAAGGGUGGGGUGGGAGGUGCUAGCAAGCGGACGAGGGGCGGGAAGAAGAGCUAUGUGAUUGAGAGUAGCGAGGAUGAAGAAGAUGAGGAGGAGGAGGAAGAGGAUGAUGACGAGGAGGAGGAAGAUGACGAGGAAGAAGAGGAUGAUGAUGGGGAUCGGUCGGUGGAGGGGUCCGAAAUCCAGGUCGUGCCGCGGAGCUUUACCAAGGCCGAGAACGACGACGAGGAUGACGACGAGGAUGAGGAAGAGGACGACGAUGAGCAAAUGGAGGACGUUGGCGAGGACGAUGCCGAGGGCGACGACGACAGAGACGACAUGGAUGUUGACGCUGAGGGCGAAGACGACGAUGCUGACGCGGAUGGAGACGUCGACAUGGACGCCACCCCCGCGCCGAGGCCCCCGGCUAUCAAGAUCACCAAGCCUGCCAAGAGCACAUCGACUCCUAGCAAAGGGAGAAGCGCGGCUGUGGCAAGGCCCGUCGCUAGAGACACAGCCAUACUGAAAGCCCGGGCUGUCAAUGAUGAGGAAGAGGAUGACGACGAGGAGCUGAGCGAGCUCGAGAGCGAGCCUGAAGACGUCACUGUUGAAGUCGCCAACGGCGAGGAAGACGCCGAAGGCGACGAGGACGAGGACGUUGAUGCCGAAGGCGAAGAGGAAAUUGAGGUGGCGGACGAGGACGCCGAGGGCGAGGAUGACGUGGAGCUCAUGAGCGGCGAGGACGACCUCAGCCGUGCUGACACACCCGACCUAUCCAAAUUGACCGCCCGCCAGCGGGCCAAGUUGGGCGAUGUUUCGCACGAGUACAUGAAACUAUCCGAUGAGGUCCAAGCCAAAAAGCACUUCACCGCCGAGGAACUCUCGAUGCGCCGCGCCGAGAUGGCCCGGCGUAGACGCAACCUCAGCGACAAGCGCAAUGAGGAAGUGAAGAUGGAAACCAUCAACAAGCUCCUCAAAAAACAGGCUCCGAAAACCACGCGCAAGAACGCCGCCCUCAUGGCCGGCGGCGACGAGACGCCCGACUCGGACGGCCAGCGCGUCGAUCCCAUGUUUGUCCGCUGGGUGAGCACUAAGACGGGCAACAGGGUGGGCGUGCCUGAUGAUCUGCUCACUGGCCCCGUGGGGGAGGUGUUCAAACCUAGCGGGGAGGGACUUCGGGGGAAGAUGGUCGAGGAGGUGUCUUGA